GGUAUGUGCAUCUCGUGAGCGCACGUGUGGAUGGUGCUACGUGAAACCGUGAAACACGUGUGUGUCAUUCAUUCAUUCACUCAGUCACUUAAGUUUUUCGUCUACUGCGUUACAAGUCCUCCAUAUUAUGUUUUAAGUGCCGGAGCGGUGCUUCGGUCGAUACUACCAACGCAAUGCGCUUUUCCGUGUCUCACACUUGUAAAAGCAACAGCGGCCGCUGUGGCGAGUUUUGGGCUCUCCGAGGCGCGUCCGACGCUGAGCGCUUCUCGACACCGAUGUGCCUGCUGUACACGCAAGCCGGUAGCGUUCCUCACUUGACGUACGACAUGCUCCACAAAAUCAAGGGCGUUGACCAUCACCCGGCGCUAUUCCCCUUGCCUCCCAUCGCAAACUUCUCAAAUUCGGUUCAAGAGUUCGGCGACGGAAUUUCCAAGUUCGCGGGCAUGCCGACACAUCCAGCUUUCAUCAGGAUUCAGGAUCCCAUGAAGGCGACGCCGUCUGGGUUCAACGACAAGGCCGGCGUGUCCAUCUGGGAUCAGGGCGGUCGCGUUCACCUGAACGUCCCUAGUUUUAUGCGCAUCAUGGAAUCCUUCAAGCCGUCCUGCUACCAAGCGCUUUGCGACAGCGAUACGCCGAAGGAUGCUACCAGAAAAAGGCUUCAGCGCGCCGUCGAAAGAACAACUUCCCUGCUGGAUCAGUGCGUCGCUGCUAAGUCCGUGUCAAGCGCCCUCCGUGACAGUUGCAUUCUUGGAACAGUCGUUGGCGGCUACAGCAAAGAGCACCGCCAUAUCUCCGCGAAGGAGAUUGCCAAGCGCGACGUCGACGGAUACGUCAUCGAAGGCUUUCACGUCGACGGACCGGCGUCAAAAAGCCUAAAGUUCGAAGAGGUGAAUGACCUCUUGGAGGAGGUCAUUUCAUUUUUGCCCGAAGACAGACCGCGGUUCAUGCACGGCAUACUGCGGCCAGAAUUCAUACUGAAGGCCGCUAUGAGCGGCAUAGACGUGUUCGACACGUCGUUUGCGAACGCGGUUACCGAUGAUGGAAUGGCUCUGUCAUUCUGCUGCAGCUGUGACAAUGACAAGGGCCUCUCAUUGAUGCUCGAAAGGGACCUGUUGGAUCACGAACUUGCGCUGGACAUGAAAGAUUGCCAGUACAGGGACCAAUUUGUUCCGCUCUUGGAGGGAUGCGCAUGUUAUGCGUGUAGACAUUUUACGCGGGCCUACAUUAACCAUUUGCUAAACACGGGAGAAAUGCUGGCGUACGUGUUGCUAAACUUGCACAACAUUCAUCAUUUCCUAAACUUUUUUGAGGCUAUCAGGAAGUUCCUAAAGGAGCAGUACUGAAAAUUACUUCGCUGGUGUUUGCGAUCAAAUCGCAUCACCGGAAGCUCCUAGUAGACUGAGCCAUUGAUGGAUAAUAAAAUGUACCAUUCAAAUGGGAGUUUGUGUCAGCCUCUUAUAAAACAGGUGAACAGCUGAUAAAUGCAACAUUCUUGAUGAACAGUGUCACAUGGAUACGAUGCUAACAGAAAACAGUGCUCUGCAGUUGUAGAAAUGUAACUGGUGCUGUGAUAUUUUUAUAAAAUUACAGUUUUGGUA